CUUCUUGUCAGAGAGCUAGCCGUUCUGAGGUACUCUGCGCAGUUGCUGAGUUUCGCUCACUCAGUCGGAAUAGUACUUUUCUAGUUAAAGACGAAUAAAAAGUUUUCACUCUUGAUUCCUGUGGAUCUGAAGAUCGUGCACUUCUGUAGCAGGAGGAAAUCUUGUCUUCCAUUCAUACUGUGUUAUGAUGUUAGUGUCUAGGUUAAUUGUGCUUGACUUCACUUUGAACUUACAGAAACAUAAGAAAAAAGAACAAAGAACCAAGGGAAAAUGAGGAUAAAGUAUCAAGGAAAACAAAUAUUUCAUCAUUAUGUAUUUACAUACAAAAUCUUUUUUUCAUAUUCUGAAGUACAGUAUUGGUUGCUCCAGGAACUGUUCUAAAUAUUGCCUCAUUUCAGUAAGAUCUUAUCAUCAAACAAAGCUACAUGAGUGCAUGUUUGCAAAGUGCUUUAGAAAUGCCUACAUUGUUCCUUGUUCCCAAGGAGGCAUUCAUCCCUGGAGGUUCUUCUCCUAUAAGGAUCUUCUGAAAUCAGAACAGGCAAACUGGAGGGCUUGUUCAGCAUAUUACAAAGAUUUGACAGAAAGAAUAAAACAAAGAUUAGAAGCUGAUUGUGACAAGUAUUCAUCCAGUUUGAGCAGCCUAGUGAUUAAAUUUGGAGAGUACAUUUACUUUGAAGAAAAUGGCUGCAUAUUUCGUUCAAAGCUGGGAGACACUGCUGAAGGAGACAGUGAGUCAUUACUAAGUACAGAAGCUCUACCAUUCCAUGAUUCCUUAAUUCAACGCAUCAGAAUUUCUCCAGAUCAUGGAUACAUGGCUACUGGAAUUAAAAAUGCAAAUUCUGAAGAGUCAGCUUGUAUCAUUGUGAAACUAAAUACUUUACCAAAAGUGGAAUGUGUAAUCCCAAAUGCGUUUAGCUUUGAAUGGGCAACAGAAGAGAUUCUUUUCUAUACAGUUCAGAAGAACCUUCAGUGUCAUGAUGUACAUUUGGCAGAUUUUAGGAAAAAAUGUUCUAAAUUGGUUUAUGCAGAACAUGAUGCAAGGUAUUUUGUGGAUCUCUAUUGCACAAAAGAUAAGCAUUUUCUAACUAUAAACAGUAAUAGCAAAACUACCUCUGAAGUGUGGUUGGUUGACUGCUAUCAUCCUCUCAAAUCACCUGUGCUUGUGCAACAACGUACAGAAGGAGUCAUUUAUCAUGUUGAGCACAGAAACAAUGAAUUGUACAUUCUUACUACAUAUGGUGAACCAGUGGGAUACAAGCUAAUGAAGGCACCAAUCAGUUCAUGUGGUUUGAGGAAUUGGAUUUCAAUUUAUUCAGUAAAAGAAAAGACAAAAUUAGUUGACUUAGAGAUGUUCAAAGACCACUGUGUUGUCUUUCUGAAGUUCUGUGGUCACCUGUAUUUGGAUAUUAUUUCUCUUCCAUCAAAUUCAGUUCACAGUGUGAAGCUUCCUGCCUGGGCCUGUUCAUUCGAACUGGACCCUCAUCCAGAGUAUACCAGCGACAUUUGCUAUUUUUGGCUUGCCUCCCCAAUUCAACCUCAAGUACGUUUUGCAUAUUCACUGGUGGAAAACAGGGUUAUUGAACACAUUGAGCAAGAGGCACCAAUCACUAUGAAUUGUCACACCAUCCGUUUAGAAGCUAAGAGCAAGGAUGGAACUUGGGUACCAAUUACAGUUUUUUAUGCAGCCAAUAAUACACAGCUACACAGGAGGCCACUUCUGAUUCAUGUAUAUGGAGCUUAUGGCAUAGACUUGAACAUGAGCUUUAAAGCAGAAAAUCAAAUGUUAAUCAAAGAUGGGUGGAUAUUAGCAUUCUGUCAUGUUAGAGGUGGAGGAGAGUUAGGCCUGGAGUGGCAUCAAGGUGGCUGCAUGAUGAAGAAACACAACGGUGUUCAAGACCUCCAGGCCUGCAUAAGGUUUUUACAUGAACUCGGAUACUCUCAGCCAGCACAUACAGCUCUCAUGAGCCUAAGUGCCGGAGGAGUUCUCGCAGGAGCCCUCUACAAUAAUGAUCCCCAUAUUAUCAGAGCUAUGGCCUUGCAGGCCCCUUUCCUAGAUGUUUUAAACACAAUGUUGAAUCCUCAUCUCCCCCUGACUAUUGAAGAACAAGAAGAAUGGGGAAAUCCACUGGUUGAUGAGACAUGCAAGGAAUAUAUUAAAAGCUACUGUCCCUAUCAAAAUAUUAAGGCACAGAAGUAUCCUUCUCUUUUCAUCACAGUCUCUGAAAAUGAUCAGCGAGUACCUUUGGCAGGAUUGUUAAGAUACAUCUGUAAACUAAGAAAAGCUGUGCAAGAUCAUGCCAACAGCACGUACGAGAAAGAACCUCAGGCAUCUAAUAUCAUCUUAGAUGUUCGAUCAGGAGGCAGCCAUUGUGCUCCAUCAUGGGAUGCUUCUUUAGAACAGGUUGCAACACAACUAGCAUUUCUGUACAAAGAACUUGGACUUGAUAAGCAGGGGUGAAUCACCAGUGCUUGAGGUUUGUGCACCAGCUGCUAAAACCAGAAGAAGCGGUUUCGGCCGAACGAUAAACUAUUUUAUCACUGAUUAUUUUAGAAAUGGACAACUUUAAAAAUACCACUAAUUUACAACAUUAUGUUUUCUUGCAGAAAAAAAACAGAUCAGUCUUGCAUUUAUAUUCCUCCACAUUUUGUGUUUUUUAAU